AAGUGGCUACGGCGAACCGGGUAAACAAAAGCUAGCCGCCGUGAAGUUUACAAAAUGGCGACCGCGAAAUCUCUGCAACCAAGAAUCAUCUCUUCCUUUCUCGGAAACAACAACUCUAUUCGAUCAACGCAGCCUCUUCCCCAUCUCUUCCGCUUCCAUUCAGGAAGAAGGCAUGUUUCGAUGCAAUUAUCAAGGACCUUUUCGGGAUUAACCAAUCUUCUGUUUAAUACAAGAAACGUAGAUGAAGUUGUUGAUGGGAAGAGAAAACGUCUGAAACCAGGAAACGUGUCUCCACGUCGCCCUGUCCCUGCCCAUAUAACCAAACCUCCUUACGUUGAGUCUUUUAAAGUCCCCGGAAUCUCAAGUGGGCUUGAGAUUCACGACAAGGAAGGUAUAGCGAGGAUGAGAGCUUCUGGGAGGCUCGCAGCUAGAGUUCGUGAAUACGCUGGGACUUUGGUUAAGCCGGGUGUGACGACAGAUGAGAUUGAUGAAGCGGUUCACAACAUGAUUAUAGAGAACGGAGCUUAUCCUUCGCCUCUUGGCUACGGAGGUUUCCCUAAAAGUGUUUGCACGUCUGUGAAUGAGUGCAUUUGCCAUGGCAUCCCUGAUUCACGACCGCUUGAGGAUGGAGAUAUAAUCAACAUUGAUGUCACUGUUUAUUUGAACGGCUAUCACGGUGAUACUUCAGCUACUUUCUUCUGUGGUGAUGUCGACGAGAAAGCUAAAAAGCUUGUUCAGGUGACUAAAGAGUCUCUUGACAAAGCCAUAUCGAUAUGUGGUCCUGGUGUUGAGUACAAGAAAAUUGGCAAAAUCAUUCAUGAGCAUGCAGAUAAGCAUAAGUAUGGAGUGGUUAGAGAAUUUGUAGGCCACGGUAUUGGACGUGUCUUCCAUGCUGAUCCUGUUGUUCUUCACUUUCGGAACAAUGAAGCUGGACGUAUGGUCUUGAAUCAAACCUUCACUAUUGAACCAAUGCUUACCAUAGGAAGCAGAAAACCGGUUAUGUGGGAUGAUAAUUGGACCGUGGUAACAGAAGAUGCUAGCCUCUCUGCGCAAUUCGAGCAUACCAUUCUUAUUACCAAAGAUGGAGCUGAGAUUCUAACCGUCUGUUAAGAAAAAAAUUGAUUCUCAAAUUGAUCUUUUAUUGGAAUGUAACGCAAAAAGCCAACUUGGUAUGUAUGAAAACCAUAUUCAUAUAUUCUGAUAUUCAAAUA